GUGUGAAAUUGUGAAUAGCAGGGAAGGAGUAGAAGCGCGUUGAAGUGGUGAAUAAAUAAACAAAGGCUUAGCCUUGAUUCUUCCAUCCGAACAUUUCACAAUCCAUCAUCACUGAGACUCCAAUGGCGUCGCAGGAUAACACCGCCGGAUCCGGAUCUACUCCCACGGCAACGAACGGGGACGUGGCUCCUACGCGCAAGGUGGCAUUGAUAACCGGAAUUACCGGACAAGACGGUUCCUACCUGACGGAAUUUCUUCUGAACAAGGGGUACGAGGUGCACGGACUGAUCCGUCGCUCCUCCAACUUCAACACGCAACGCAUCGACCACAUCUACGUCGAUCCUCACAACGCGCACAAGGCACGCAUGAAGCUCCACUAUGCCGAUCUCUCCGACGCCUCUUCCCUCCGCCGAUGGCUCGACACAAUCCGCCCCGACGAGGUCUACAACCUCGCCGCCCAGUCUCACGUCGCCGUCUCAUUCGAGAUCCCGGACUACACCGCCGACGUCGUUGCCACCGGCGCCCUCCGCCUCUUGGAGGCCGUCCGCUCGCACAUCGCCGCCACCAACCGCACGCACAUCCGCUAUUACCAAGCCGGCUCCUCCGAGAUGUUCGGCUCCACCCCGCCGCCUCAAUCGGAGACCUCACACUUCCACCCUCGCUCCCCUUACGCGGCGUCGAAAUGCGCUGCGCACUGGUACACCGUAAACUACCGUGAGGCCUACGGGAUCUUUGCCUGCAACGGGAUCCUCUUCAACCACGAGUCCCCGCGUAGGGGCGAGAAUUUCGUGACGCGGAAGAUAACGCGGGCCGUGGGCCGGAUCAAGAUUGGACUUCAGAACAAGCUUUUCUUGGGGAACUUGCAGGCCUCGAGGGAUUGGGGUUUUGCUGGGGAUUACGUGGAAGCUAUGUGGCUGAUGCUGCAACAGGAGAAGCCCGAUGAUUAUGUUGUGGCCACGGAAGAGUCCCACACAGUGGAAGAGUUCUUGGAAGUGGCUUUUGGCUAUGUGGGUCUGAAUUGGAGGGAUCACGUGGUGAUUGAUAAGAGGUACUUCCGUCCUGCUGAGGUUGACAACCUUAAAGGGGAUGCUUCCAAGGCUAAGAAGGUGCUUGGUUGGAAGCCUAAGGUGGGGUUUGAGCAGCUGGUCAAGAUGAUGGUUGACCAGGACGUUGAGAUGGCUAAGAAGGAGAAGGUUCUCGUUGAUGCUGGCUACAUUGAUGCUCAGCAACAACCUUGAUUUUCUGUUUUAGCAUUUACUUUACUGUUUUGAUCAUAUAAUCAAGGAUUCAUUCAUAGCUGUCUGAGUUUAAUUUAUGAGCAAUUUCAUCUAUGUUUUGGUGUUGCAGUUUUUACUCACUCCCUAGUUGUGCAUUGUCAGAUAUUUUUUCUUUCUUGUAAGCGAUCUCAUUCAUUACAUUGAAUUACAUCUAUAUACGUCUACAUCCAUUAUGCCUCCCUGUCCCUGCUGCUGCUUUUCCACUUUUCUUCCUUUGUUUCUGUAGGCUUCAAUAGUGCAGCAAUGUGCAUCAUCCAAAAUUGGAUUAUGUUGUAUGGGAUUAUGGUAUGGAUCCCCCCCUCAUUUCACAACAAAACAGUAGCACGGUUCAAAUAAAAACCAAAGCCGUUUGAAUAAAACCGUGCAGGGUUUGGUUGGGUUGAAUCUGAUCUGGAUGUUGCAGAUCAUGUCUGGAGAAUAAGUUUGACUCUCUUCUGCUUUUCGUGUUUAUGAUUUUGAUAUGUUUCAUUUCAUUCUUGAGCCAGAAAUUUUUUCAUCUGGAUUCAAUGUUCCAAAUCUUUUUAUUGUUUAGCAUUUAUACUGAAUAGUUAAAACUGAAUUU